AGUUAAUAUUAAAAGUAAAUUCUGGAAAUGAGUUACAAAAUUCUAACUAUAACUCUAACUGUCUUAGUUGCAUUCCACAUGCUUAAGAUAUCACAAGGAAAACAUUAUGUUUCACACAAAAACUGUAAUUAUGUGAAAAAGGGAACUAUCAUAGCAAAUCCUGCCAAUUGUAGUCAAUAUAUUAUAUGCAAUGGUUUACGUUCAACUUUGGGUGAAUGUCCGAUGGGACAAUAUUUCAAUGAGGAUAUGUUGUCGUGUGAUAGAAAUCCUAUAACAUGUCGUGAGAAGUUUACCACAACUACUACCAGCACGAUUUCCUACACCGAAGAGGAAAAAGUUAAAGAGAAUUAUACAGAAGCUGUAAAUAUUAUACGACCGUUUUGUUAUCCUUCGCAAACUUAUAAUAUUCCAUAUCCUUUCAAUUGUUUCUACUAUUAUGAGUGUAAUAAUGCAGUUUUAACACUUAAACGUUGCCGCCUUGGUUUUGCUUUUGACUGGGUUAAGCGUCGUUGUGUGUUACAAGCUGAAGUUAUAUGUUACGUUUAUGGCCAGUAGUUAUUAAGUUAAAAGUUUAUUUUAUGUAAAAUUAUGUAUAAUUAAUUAUUGUUCUAUUGCUUUUUAUCUUAAGCAUUUUAUUGGCUUGACCAGAACAUGUGCAAGUUAUGACUAAUGACAAGAAAUACCUUCAAAUAUAAACUACAACCUAAAAUUCUAUACGAAAUACUAGAGAGCGAAAAAAAAAAGCCUACAAAUGUUAAAAGCUAAAAUGCUACAAAAACAAAUGACAACAAUAAAUUG